AUGGCGGUUGCUCUCUUGGUCGUCAUGAUGAUGUCCUCUUCGCUGCCAUCUUGUCAUGGAACUGAUGAAGAGGAGGGCUGGGAGUGCCGUCAAUUACUGCACUGCACUGCUCAAGGGUGCCUCUCUUAUUGCAAAGUUUUAAAACAUGGUGGAGGUCACGCUUACAGUAUCAUGUCCAAAUGCCGUCACAACAGAACAGAGUGCUGCUGCCGAGACUACAAUCAGCCGCCGCCGCCAAGAGAUCUCGUGCUUGUGCAAAACAAUGCUGGUGCAUGA